AUUAUAUUCUUAAAAUCCUAUUAGCAAAUAUGGCGGUUGUCGAUAUAAUUGAUGGGUGCUUACCGCAGGAGCUAAAAAUUGAGAUCUUGCUUCGAUUACCGGUAAAAUCAUUGGUAAAUUUUAAAUUAGUGUGUAAAUCUUGGAAUUCCCUAAUCUCCAGCCCCGAUUUCAUAAAAUUCCAUACACACAAUUCAAAAAACAACCCGCCCAUAACCUUGUUAUACAAUUAUAACCUACAAGUACUUAAUUCUGUAUCCCUUCGUAAAAGGGACGACAAUCUAAACCCUACUGUGUUACCCGUAAACCCUCCUCUCCAUGACUAUGUACUAAAAGGACACCUUAUUGGAUCAUGUGACGGCCUUAUAUGCACGUAUCGGCACCUAGGCCUGGAACAAACCUGUAUCUACAUCUCUAACCCUCUCACCAAAGAAACGAAGGAAAUUUCAACCCCAUACCAUAUACCACCCGGUCGUGGUUGUCUCAAUAUUAAAAGUGUUUCAUGGUUCGGGUUCGUUCCCUCGAUCAAUGACUACAUGAUUUGGUUAGUAAUUGACAACCCAAUUCCAAAGCCAAUAGUUCAUGUAUACUCAAUGAGGGAUGAUAAAUGGAGAAAAUUAGAUACUAGUGCUUUUAAAAUCAUUGGGUUAAUGUUAUGGGGUACGAAUGCGGUUGUAAAGAAUGAGACAUUGUAUUGUUGGUUUGGCACCUUUUACAAGGACUUCAUGGUUAAAUAUGAUUUAGUACAAGACAUUAUGGAAGUUGUGCCAAUUAGUUUGAAUGAUAAACAAGGUUUAAUUUGGUAUAAUGAACCAAUCAUUGGUAUCCUUCAAGACUCAAGUGUAUGCAUUUGUAAGGUUGAUCCUUUUCACAUGAUGGAUGUUUGGAAGUUAGAUCAAUAUAGCAACUCGAAUUCUUGGAACAAAUUGUUUAGCCUUAAUGUGGCUACAUCAUCGCCUCUUAGAUCUAGAUCGCGCUUUUAUUUCCUUUUGGGAUUUACAUCUAGUGGGGGUAUUUUGGUAAGAUCAUCUUCUUCUGAUUGUUAUCCUAUCGUUGAUCUUACCAAGGUUACUAACGAGCUCUUGCUAAUUGACCCGAAUCAAAAUUCACAUAGUCCAAUGCAACUAGGAAGAAUAGAGAAUGUUCUUUACAUGUUGGAUUACGUGGAGAGUCUUGUUUCUCCUUUUUCAUUGCUUUUUUAAAUUAGACAAGCCUUGGAAUUGUAUUAUUCGAUCUUGUUGUUAUGUUAUUUUCUUUUUUAGAAUCAAAGUUCAAAUUAGAGGAACGAUUUCUCUUUGUAUUUUAUCAUUUUGAUAAUCUAGAUUUUGACCAUUGUUUUAAAUUACAUAAUUAUAUGUAGG